AUGGCUGUUUUAAAGCCGCUGCUGGAAUCAGAGGUUUCCUCUGGGUCUUUUGAAGGGUUACGUGAAGCUGCUUCUGAAGGACUUGGAUUAUUUACACGGCAAGUCGAGGCUGCAACGUUGUGUUGCCUACUAGUCAUAUUCAUUAUCUCAGCAGAUCUGAAGGUGGAGAAUAUUCUGGUCGGGAUUGAGGAUCCUUCGGUCCUACAAGACUUUGCGCGUGCACAGUCAUCCAAUCCAAUGGCCCGGAAGACCAAAGACGGUCACCAUGUCUACCUUUCCCAUAACGACUUCGGAGAACAGAGGUCGCAUCCGAUUCAGCCGGAUGAAUACAGAGCUCCCGAGGUGAUAUUGGGUGCUGGAUGGACUUACAGUGCUGACAUCUGGAAUCUAGGUCUUCUAAUGUGGAACCUGCUUGAAAACCGAGAUUUAUUCUCCACGACUCACGAUGGUCGAGGCAAAUAUAGCCCUGCAGUACAUCUUGUGAAAAUGAUUGCAUUACUCAGUCCACCGCCAAAAGAACUCAUAACUCGCGAAAGAGAAGGCCUGACAUGGAAAUGGGCCCCAGCUGCCCAUAAUACGGCGGGAGAAAUGUGUAACACUGCAUCGGAGUGGUUUGGGGGUCCAUUCUUUAAUGAAAAUGACUUGAUUCCGCAUAAUCCCAGAAUUGAGGAUACGGUUUCUACACUUGAAGGGGGGCAAAAAGAGCAAUUUCUAGCAUUUGCCAAAAAUAUACUCCGGUGGCUUCCAGAUGACAGGAAAACUGCCAAAGAGCUCAUUGGAGAUCCAUGGCUCAGUGAGGACUCAAUUAAAGGCAUUUUAAAUACGGCGAAAUGUCACUUGCAGCUGCUACAAGACAUUUUUCCCCCAUAUCUCCACAUUUCCGCAACUCCCUGUGACGCGUGUAUAGUACGAUGA